AUGUCUGACAUCGACACCGAGCCACCGCCAGCGGUAAAGAAUCUUCGGUCCAAAUUUGAGCAACUCGCGGUUGCCUCGACCUCAAAAGGACCAGGUCUUUCUCCAGGCUUUGCUCCCCGCCAACGAGCAACUUCUGGCUCACAACCGAACGGGGAACGCGCUGAAGGCAGUGCAAAUUUACGGUCUUCAAGCUCUUCAUCCGAUUUACGAAAGAAGCCCCCUCCUCCGCCUACACCACGAAGUGGGAAGCCUACCCCUGCUUCUACCCCGAAUUCAUCACCCCGACUUCGUCCAGUUGUAGGCGGCUCGCCUGUCCCCGCGUUAGGCCAUCGGUCGAGCCUGUCGUCUGUCGUCUCAGCCCAAGACGAAGAAGAGCCGACAGUCGUUGAGGAAACAUCAACUCUUCCCAGUGUUUCUUCCCUAAGGAGCGUGUUUGCCGAUCCCGUAUCCUCAAGCAAGCCUCUUCUCAAUCGCCCAAGUCUGACCGGCCAGCUGAUCACCCACUCUGAACCAGAGUUAUCGGGCAUCCAUCGUCCCCCACCUCCCAUACCCCGCCUCAUACACCAAAUCCCGGAUGACGAAGUUAGCUCCCCUGAACCGUUGUCUAGCUCAGACGGGGACCCGGAAUCCCCCGUCGCCCGACCCACGUUGCCUCCACGUCCAUUUACGCACAAUCACCAACGAACCAGUUCCAGUCAGACUUCAAGCGAAGGCGAUACCACAGUCUCCCGUUUACCCCCUCCUAGACCACCGCCUCGACAUCGAUCGCCCCCAAAACUUGUCGAAUCUUCCGCCACCAUGAUCCCGCCCCCUUUACCGAACCGGCGGCCCACAGCGGUACUUGUUGAGGAGCCAACGAGUUAUUUACCCCCUCCUCGAUUGCCUGCUCGCCCUGCCGUUACUGUUCCGAAUCCAGAUCUUGACUCUUCAUCAUCUGCAUCCACCCCAACUACUGCAGAACGCAAAGCGUUCGGACGUUUACCACCACCACCCACCCGAACGAUUGCCCUUGGAGAGAAGUUGCCACCAGCUCGUCGCCCAGCUUCCCCCAAUCUGUCGUCUGACGAGGAGUCUGGAGAUGAAUCACACAGUACUUCGGCAGUCGAUCUUCCUGACAGUAGCCGUUCUUCUCGGCGUCCACCACAUCUGUCUUCAAGAGCUGGCUAUGUGGGUCCCAACGACCCCAAAAUCCCUGUCGCGGCUCAUCACGGACUGGUGAUAGUUUCUGGAACUAGAAUCGUUGUUGCGACGCUUCAUCACCUGAAGAUUUACGACACUGAACAUUCAGAGACCCCCAUCUUUACCCUCGAAAAACGUGAUGUAGGCAAUGGCCAUGGCAUUAAGGAACUUCGCAUAACGAGCAUGGAAUACCGUCCUUGUCACGAGCCGGCUAACCGAGGGUGUUUGCUUUGGAUUGGCACGAAGGAAGGUCAUAUGGCCGAGGUGGAUGUGAGGAGUGGCUGCGUCACCGCAAUCAAACUGUCUGCGCACUUGCACCCUAUUGUUCGCAUAUUCCGACAUGGGCGGAGUAUGAUCACACUGGACGAAGCUGGCAAGACACUUCUUUUCACACCCUCCGAGAAUGAUGAAGAUAUCGACUUGACAUCUACGCUGCCACGCGUCUUGCGGAUCACGGAGAAGCAGGAUUUUGCCCAGAUGAUUUGCGGGAAACUUUGGACAGCUAGUCGCUCGGAAUUGCAUGGGGCUCGACUGCAAACUAUCCGAAUAUUCGAUCUUUUUUUCCCGGGUGCUCCUGCUCGCUCUGUAUUGCCGCUAGAGGCAGUUGGGGCAGUCACUGAUGCAACAAUGCUACCUUCCAAACCUGGUAUUGUCUUUCUUGGACACGAAGGUGGCUCAGUCUCGUUGUGGUCCUUGGAAGAGGAAGAUGGUUGGCCGCGUUGCAUCGAAGUCAUUCGUGUCUCCACCUCUGAUGUUCUUUGCCUUGAAGGGGUCAACGAUAGACUCUGGGCUGGAGGACGGAACGGUAUGAUUACCGCUUAUGAUGUUUCGGUCAAGCCAUGGCUGGCGACAAACUGCUGGCAAGCCCAUCAAAAGCUCCCUGUCACGAUGCUUGCUGUUGACCAUUAUGGAAUCGAGAAGACGGGCCGGCUGUCUGUUGCUAGUGUGGGCAGGGACGAACAACUGAAGCUUUGGGAUGGUUUGUUGGGUUUGGACUGGGUUGAUAAGGAACUCUUGAAGCGCGAAGCGUCGUUCAGCAAGUUCAGGGACCUCAGCGUUUUAAUCAUCUCGUGGAACUGCGAUUCUGCUCGACCGGAGUCGUUGUCGGGAGACCCUGUCAACAUCAAUUUCCUCCAUGAAGCACUCACCAGCGUCGACUGCCCUGACAUCAUCACCUUUGGCUUCCAGGAGCUCGUCGAUUUGGAGAGUCGCAAGCUGGUUGCGAAGAAUGUUUUGUUGGGAAGAAAGGACAAGCAGGACGCGUCGAUUGCCCAGAUCACUGGGUUAUCGGGCUUGUCUGAGAAGGUCACGACUGCCUACCGCAAGUGGUACGAGCAUCUUAUCAUGGCGGUCCGACUGGCGAUGCCGACAAACGUGCCUUAUACUGUGAUUCACACGGAGAGUCUCGUCGGGCUGUUCACCUGUGUGUUUGUCAAGCACUCGGAACGUAUGUCGAUCAAGGACAACGUUAUCACGUCCAUGAAGCGGGGGAUGGGAGGGAGGUACGGGAACAAGGGUGGCAUUAUUACCCGCUUAGUAAUCGAGGACUCGUCGUUAUGUUUUAUUAAUUGUCAUCUUGCUGCAGGUCAGCAUGCGACACGGGCGCGUAAUGCGGAUGUAGCGGCGAUGUUGGAAGAGCAGUCACUUUUACCUCCGAGCCAGGAGGACCUGCUUGCUUAUGUGGGUGGAGGAGAUGGACAGAUGGCGCUAGACCACGAGAUUGUGUUUCUGAAUGGGGAUAUGAACUACCGGAUCGACCAACGGCGGGAAGUUAUCGCUGCUGCUGUCAAGUCGGGCGAGCUGGAGAGUCUGUUGGCGCACGACCAAUUGUUGAAGGAGAUCAAGUUCAACCGGGGUUGCAGACUACGCGGGUUCUCGGAAGGGCCACUGAACUUUGCGCCGACGUACAAAUACGACCGGAAUUCUGACAUCUACGACACGUCUGACAAGGCGCGGGCCCCAGCGUGGUGUGACCGUGUUCUAUGGCGGACUAGGACGCCAAAUCGGGUGCAGCAACUGCAUUAUCGGCGGUACGAGGCGAGAGUGUCCGACCAUCGGCCUGUUUCAGCGGCGUUCAAAGUGACUGUCAAGUCUAUUCGACACGAUGUGCGACAGAAGGCCAAGACGGAGGUGCAGUCGCAGUGGGCGGCUGAGCAGGAGCGGUUGUUGGGAAUUUCGCGCGACUUUUACGUCGACCUGGCAUUGAUUUGA